AUGGCCCCAGCCAGCAGCAAGAACCACCCCCCUUGGGCGACGACUGAGCAGACCUCUGCGCUGAGAGCCCACGUCGUCCUUCAGCGGCACAAAAUGGUGGUACCUCCAAAGAUCCUACCAGACGACGUUGAACGCGCCAUUCAGAUCCUGGAUCAGCACGACCCGUCGACAGCGAAAGCGGAUGCUAAAGACCUCGAGCCAAUUGAUUACGCCAAAUACGCGAUCAACGACCACUUGCGGCCAAUGGCUCUCGCAGCUGGCAUGCACAACCUCCAUCAAGAAGGAAUAAAGAAGGACUGGGAUUUACAAAACGUCCCGCUUAUAGCGGCUCUGCUACCGCGCUCGGACAAGGCCACUAAACCCGCCAUCCCUAAGAGGGUUGUUCCAACGCAGAAGAAGGCCGAAACGGAGCCAGCGGAGUCGAAGAAGCGCAAGGCUGUGCCGACCAAAGUCACAGCAUCCAAGAAGCCCCGGAACAAUGCCAACGAUCCUCCAGAGGACCCCGACGUCGCAACGAAGGACCGAAGCGAAUCAGAUGGCGGCGAUUCCCUCCCACAAACUGCUAUCGAGGGCAGCACAUCAACUCGAACACCGGCUCAGGCGCGAACGCGUCUACGCAAGCCUCGAAACGGUCAGUCACUUGCCGCCAAGACGUACCUCGAAGCAGACAGGGGCAUGGCUGCACUGUCGCUGAGGGAGUUUGGGGAAGACAAAGGCAAUAGUACGGACGAUGCAUUGACCCACAAGCGCGAAGAAGACGACAAGAGGCUCGAGGCUGAGGUUGAAGAGGUGCAAGUGCCAGCUCCAAGGCGACAUGGCACUAGAAGCCAAGCGGGUGGGCGCGGCAACGGCAAAAAGAACACUACUACUACUACUGCUGCGGCUAUUCCAGCCCGAAAGAGGAGGACUGCCGAACAGGUCGCGGAGGACAAACGCCUCGAGGAAAAAGAGGAGGAGCAAAAGUUGCACAAUGCACGGCGGCUUGGUGGCUACUCCGACCCUGAACUCGCCGAGACCUUUCGCGUCAUGCAUAAGACGGUUCUGGUCCCGAUGCAUGGCCAGAUGCAGGAAGGGGUUGAGCCAGUGCCGACUGAUCAGCUAGGCAUGCGGGAGUUAAGGGAGAGGCUCGUUGAUGAGGCCAGGAAGGAAGGACGCGUAGUGGAGAUGUAG